AUGGUCGCCCCAAACAGUGAGUUUGGAAUUCGACCAUGUGCUGUACUAUUGAAUAAUGAUGAUGUUGUAAAUUAUGAACUUCAACAGAAAAAGUACUACUUCCUUGCUGGAGUCGACCUUCGGUGCGGACAAUCAACUGAUAAAAAUGUCAAUGAAAAAUCAAAGAAAGGUCUCCGUAUCCCUGACCAUAAAACCAAAUCUUACCAUGUUAAAAAACGAAAACGUGAGCGUGAUAUGUUUUACCGCCGUUCCAUUCGUUUAUCCCGUCAAGGCUUCCUUAAUCACAGACGUGGCACGCGCCACAGUGUCUACUUCAAACUGCGUCGACAUUUGAUUGAAAACUUCCGGGCGGGCUUGGUGACUAAAAUUUCAUGCAACAAUUGCUAUGUUAAAUUAACACCUUUGGAUUUAUCGAACUACAUAUAUACUGAUUCCUCUGAUACCGCCACUAUUAGUACUGACGGUGGCAGUGAGGGCAUUGCGAACGACUCUACUUCUUCACAAUCAUCAACAAUAUCAUCAGCCGAUGAGGACGUGGGCCCUCAAAUUCGCUUUGGAAGGAGCCUCCAAAUAGCCCUCCCUCCGCUUCCUAUUCACGUUCUAGAUCAGCGUCCGGCUUCGGCGUCCUUUAUGCGCGGUCGUACCUUCGAGUACUGUUUCAAAGUUAGAUCAGGAUCGCAGUCGUUAAUUGGUAUUUCUGGGGUUAAACGUGGUGCAAUGCUACUGUUCAAUUUUUUAUACGCACUGCUUUUAUCGUAUUUGGACAAUAUUAUUUAA